AUGGGCGACACAACCACUACUCCAGAAACCAGUAAUACUGCAAAGGCUGUGACCUAUGAUGUUAAUCACCCCUAUCACCUCAAUAACUCUGAUUCUCCGGGUAUGACUCUAGUCAAUACUGUAUUUGAUGGAAGAGGAUACCCAGGAUGGAGGAGAUCCAUUCUCUUGUCCUUGUCAGCUAAAAGGAAGCUUGGAUUCAUCAAUGGAGUUUGCAAAUCUCCAGGUCUCAACUCUCCAGAACUUGAACAAUGGAAUUGUGUGAAUGACAUGGUCAUCUCCUGGAUCCUUAAUGCUCUCUCAAAGGAUAUGGCAGAUAGUGUCAUUUAUUCAAAAACUGCAAAAGAGCUUUGGGACAGUCUUGAGCAGAGAUUUGGAAAAUCAAAUGGAGCUAAGCUCUAUCACCUGCAAAAGGAAUUAUCAGGUUUAGUACAGGGAAAUAGUGAUAUUGCAGGAUAUUUCACUAAGCUUAAACGUUUGUGGGAUGAAUUGGAUGCUUUGAAUGUCAUCAUAUGCUGCUCUUGUGUUUGUGUUUGUGAAGGAAAGGCAAAGUUAACUAAGUCACUGGAAGAUCAGAGGUUGAUCCAAUUUUUAAUGGGACUAAAUGACAUCUAUGCACAAGCAAGAGGAAACAUCCUCAUGAUGAAUCCCUUGCCCAGCAUGGAUGUUGCUUAUUCUCUUCUCUUACUGGAUGAAAAUCAAAGGGAAGUCUAUGCAAAUGCACAUUUUAACUCUCAAUCAGUGUCAUUCAUGGCAGCAGGAGAGAACAAAGAGCCUAAUGCACAACUUCUAGCUGAUUUUGCAGCUUUCAUGAUUACAGGACAAGGAAAGAACCACCAGAAAUUCAGAAACCAGACACAAAGCAGAGCAGGGACAGGACCCAAAUUUAACAAUUCUGGACAGAAGUUUAUUAAGCCUCAGCAGAAGUUCAAAGCAAAGAAGAAAUACAAUCCAAAUGUGUCUUGUACUUACUGUGGAAAAACAGGACAUACACAGGAAGAUUGCUACAGAAUCAUUGGUUUUCCUGAUGAUUUUGAGUUCACAAAUCACAAAGGAUAUCAGAAUCAGAUUAAGGGGAAUGCAGUGGUGGCAAAUGAAGAGCAUGAAAGCCCAGCAGGACAAGGAAAUGAACUUAAUGGGAAUAACUUUGGUCAGCAGCUUAGCAAAGAGCAGGUUGUAGAAAUGAUGCACAUCUAUAAGCAAACAAAAAUGGCACAGGCAGGAAAUACAGGAAUCAAUGCUAAUACAAUAGCAGAAUUCAAGUAUAAUCUGCUAUCAGUUCAUAGAUUUUGUGUUCAAUUCAAAUAUGAUGUGCUCUUCACAUCUGUUGAGUGUGUGUUGCAGGGCCUUUCAAUGAAGAGUCCUCAAGCUUUUGGUGAAGUUAGAGAAGGGCUCUACUUAUUGGAACCAAGUAGUAUUAAGUCUAAGGGUUUAUUCAGUAAUGAUGUAUUUUCAAUUCCAAAAGGAAGAAAUUCCAUUUCAGAGUCUGUUUCUUUUCCUAGUCCAGUCCUAGUCAACACUGUUUCAGAUGUUAAUCUUUGGCAUCUCAGACCAGGCUAUCUCCGAGAAAAUAGGGGUCCCGAACGGGAGAAGAAUAAGGUAGGACAGUCGCUAACCGUUGCGCCUUCCCUUCUGCUUACACCAUUUCUUUGUGAAUGCUCCGCUUUGCUCUUUGUCGCGCUACUUCUGCUAGCAACCAGCUUCGGAUUCUCCUUAAGGCACCGUGUUGAGUAG